UCUAAUACAACCUCACACACUUCUCACCAAAUCUUUCUUUAAUUGUCUCUGCAAUCAUUAUUUACUGCUUCACUUAUUAGUGUUUUGCUUUAAAUUUGGAUUUAUUUGUCUUUUAGCCUGUAAGUGACCUGUCAAAAGAGAGAAUCUUUGCCCUUCCCAACUCACCACUUAUUAUUUAUAAGCAGUGCCCAUUACUUGAUCCAACGCUCUCUUCUUUAUAUUUUUGUCUAGCUCAAGUUCUCUUGGUUUGCUUUAAUUUAGCAUUGGCUAUAUGUUUGCCCCAAAAAAAAGCAUUGGCUAUAUGUAGAAUAUAUUUGGUAAAUGUCAUUAGCUUGCUUUUAAAAAUUUUCAAUGGGGAGAAAACCGUGCUGUGACAAAAUUGGAUUGAAGAGAGGUCCAUGGACUAUAGAAGAAGAUCAUAGACUCAUGAAUUUCAUUCUUAACAAUGGCAUCCACUGCUGGAGAAUUGUCCCCAAACUCGCAGGUUUGUUGAGAUGUGGGAAGAGCUGUAGAUUGAGAUGGAUCAAUUAUUUGAGACCCGAUCUCAAGAGAGGUGGUUUUACUGAUGCUGAAGAAGAUCGGAUUAUAGAACUUCACUCUCAACUUGGCAACCGGUGGUCUAAAAUUGCCUCACAUUUCUCUGGUAGAACGGAUAACGAGAUAAAAAACCACUGGAAUACGAAGAUCAAGAAGAAGAUGAAACAUCUUGGGUUGGAUCCGGCUACACACAAACGGAUGAAUGAUAUUACUCAUCAAACCGAUCCUAACCAGGAUACAAAACCAAAUAUGUGUUCUACCAUCAAUGAAGGAGCAGAGAUCAAGGAUCAAACUCCAAAAGAUGAUGUUAUCACAGAAACAAUAGAAACAUUAAUAUUAUCUGAUAACGAUGAGGAACUUCUGCCGAAAAACUGCAAAACUCUAUGUGCAGAAGAAGUAGACUUGGAAUCUCUAUUUGAAACGCAAGGCAACGAGAUAUCCUCUUCGCCUUUCUCUUCGUUAUAUAGUAAUAUUUCAAGAAGUGAAUCUUCAUCAUAUCUUGCAGAAGAUUCGAUCUCUUUAGAGCAAUGGGACUUGGAUAUGACGGAUCCUUUUGUACCAUGGGACCUCUUCGCCAAUCUUGAUGAUAGUCUUUUCUUUUUAUGAAAAAUGUAUUAUAACAUUGUAAUAUAUCUUUAAAAAAAAACAUUGUAACAUAUCUAUAUAAUUAUCGCAAGUAAUUAAUAGUUGCUU